AUGCCUUUCUACGAGAUCCAACACACCUACCCGCUCAGCCCAUCACAACAACAAGCCAUCGCACAACACAUCACGACACUCCACAGCACGACGUUCCUGACACCCUCGCUGUUCGUGAACGUCGUCUUCCAACACCUGCAGUCCGAGAACCACCGCACGACCUACUUCCUCGCCGGCCAGCCCGUGGCACACAACGCCGCGGGACCGAAUCGCAUCCUCGGCAUGGUGCGCCAGGGCCCGAGUCGCACGAAAGCGGACUUUGAUCGCCUGGCCAAGAGGAUCGAGGAUGCGUGGGAUGAGGUUGUCAGCGGGGUUAAAGGGGAUGGGAAUGGUCAGGCUGGUGUUGCGAAUGGGAACGUGACUUCGGAGUCGAAUUUGGGGCGCAAGGCCAAGAAGUUGCAUUUGGUCGCUUUCUACCCUAUGCUUGCGGCUAGGGAGGCGGGCACGGUCAUUCCGGGUCCUGGCGAGGAAGCGAGUUGGCUCAAGGACAAUAUGGCCUAUUUCAAAUCCCAGGCUCGUGAUUAUGACGACGAUGACUUCAAAGGUCUGUUGGAGGAAGUUGAACGUAGAGAUGAUCUGAAAGCCUUGAUCUCUUAG